AUGGACCUCCAUCUCGCACUGUCCACAUUUGACAAAAUCCUCCUUCUCUUCUUCCUCGCUGCCCUCAUGUCACUGUCUACACUAAAACCUACCGCUCCCAAGGGAAAACCCGUACCCCCCACUGUCCCACCCACCGCUAUCAAACAGAGUCCUCCCAGACGCCCCCAUCGUGACCGAAACUGGAUCAAGCCGUCGCGUAUUGCAUCGAUCAUUCAUAGAAACUAUCCGAACAUGAGACCCGACGAAUUGCCGGUGUAUCCCACGCCGCAGCAGGCCUCCUACUCACAUCCUCCCCAGAAUAACGCUCCGGCUAGAAAACAGAAGCCAUCACAUGCUUCAGGGGCCCCGCCUUCCCAACAACAGCAUCACCAGCAGUCGCAUUCCAGACCGGCCAACCAGUCCCACCAUAGUCAACAACUGAUGCAGCUGCACGCGUACUCUCAACAGCUGGGUUCAUCCUACUCGUACCAGGGUGGCCGUCCAUACCAACAGCAACCUCCGCCUCCUCCACAGCAGCAGGCACCGCCACCGCCGCAGCAGCAACAACAAUGGGCCUAUGGGCAGAAUUCGCUGCCGGCUCCGCAGUAUCUGAACCAUUACCAGGGUAACAAUUACCAACAGCCGCCUCCUGGAAACUAUCAACCACACCAUAAUCAAGGAUACGGCCAAGAUCAAUACUCGAGUAGUAGUCAGCCACAACAACAACCGCAGCAGCAGCAGCAGCAGCCACAACUAGCACAGCAGCAUCUGCAACAGUACUAUGGAUCACCGCCAGUAAACCAAAUGGCCUCUCUGCACGGCUCCUCGCAUCCCAGUGGCCUGGCACAACAAUACCUGGCGCAAAACGGCCCACCGUCCGGGAACAGACAGCCGUCAUAUUCCAGCCAAAACAGCACACCCGUUGCCAAUAGCUUCUCCGGUGAGCAACGGUCGCCUAAUCCUUCCAGUCUGAGUCGAAAGAAACCGCCAGCUAAGGAAGCUGCGCCAGACGCUAAGGCCGAUAGCAGACAGCGUCUCGAAGCCGAACUUCGCCUGACUUUUGAGCGCGUAGAUACCAAUCGGUCGGGCCGCAUUUCAGUACGUGAAUUGUCAUCUGCAUUGGUCAACUUCGACAACACUGGAUUCCAAGACUCUACGGUGCAAUUGAUGAUUAAGCUCUUCACCACGUCCGGGUCUCCAGCGGGACUCAAUUUCGAACAGUUUGUCUCCUUGUGGAAAUACUUGACCGCCUACAAAAAGCUCUUUGUUGCUGCUGACACCAACAAGUCCGGAGAUAUCUCAUUUGGCGAGUUCCAGAAAAUCUUGGAGCAAAUAGGAUACAAACUCAACGUGGAUGUUGUUCUUCACUUGUUCCUGAAGUUUGUUAAUAAGGACCACCAUGGCCCAGCCACUUCCGUGGGUAAGCUAAAAUUCGACUCUUUCAUCGAGUUGUUGGUCUAUAUUCGCAAACUCACGGACAUUUUCAAGCAGUACGACAAGGACCUUAGUGGUGUUGCCACGAUAAAUUAUCUGGAUUUCCUCAUGGAGAUAAGCAAUUUGACUUAG